CUCGGAGGCAGCGGCAGUGGCGGCAAGUCCACGCCCUUGAGUAUCCGUGGGUCGGUGAGCAUGGCCAGGGCGACUGAAAAACUCGCCACCUCUGUCCCCUCCUCCCUACCGCGCACUUCCCAUCUGGACGAUAACAACGCACACAGCGCCAGCAGCGAUGCCGGCGACUCUGACGCAGCCUCCGCGCGGCUUGGCUCCAGUCCGGCUCGUCUCGAUGCCAACGAGACCGCACGGCGGCUGCGGCGGCACUUGGUGACGAGGGCGAGAGACUCUGUUGCGAGCAGCGCGCGGGGGUCGAUAGGUGCCACCAGCCAGCUGCGAACAGAGCUGGAGGAUGACGAGGGCGGCUAUGCCGGCGAUAUCAACGACGAUGAGGCGGAGGAUGCUCGGGAGGUGGUUGACCCGCUGACUUUGCCGUCAGGCGAUAUCACCCAUGGCAUCUACAAGUGGCAGAAGAAGCAUUCGCCGACACAGUCUGUGCGGGGCAAGCGCCGCGGGUCGUUCUCGGGCAUGGCCCAAUUGAGAGCGCCCGGUGGAAUGCGCAGGCACUUUGUGCAGGACCGUGCCGAGCGCGAGGGCAGACAGGUGGAUAUGCUUACCGACAGCUUUGUCGACUUCAUCGGCCUGUACGGCCAUUUCGCUGGAGGUGAUUAUCCUAGCGACGAAGACGAUGAGGAGGAAGAGGGCGAGGAAGCACCGCUGCUGGCACGCCAGCGGUCGGCUAGAGACAUCCAUGCGACGGCGUCCAGUCGGAAGGCGUUUUUCUUGCUGGUCAAGGCGUUUGUGGGCACCGGGGUUCUCGUGCUGCCUAAGGCGUUUUCCAAUGGCGGCCUGCUAGCGUCGGCGUUUGUAAUGACGUUUGUUGCGUGGUAUGCCUGGCACUGCAUGAUAUUGCUGGCGGAUGUCUACAGUGACCUUGGCAACAAGCUGUAUGGCCCGUGGAUGCGCAGCUUUAUUACUGUGUCGAUUGUCGCAGCACAGCUUGGGUUCUGCUCAGCCUACACAAUCUUUAUUGCCACAAAUAUGAGGGACCUUUGGAAUGUCCUGACAAAGUGCCGCUUUGACUUUUCGCCCAGCUUCUGGGUUCUUAUCCAGCUCCUUGCCUACAUUCCGCUGUCGUGGGUGCGCAAGAUCAAGAAACUGGCGCCAUUCGCUCUGGCUGCCAAUCUGUUUAUUGUAGUCGGGCUCGGAUACGUCCUGUUCUACGAUAUCCUGACUGUGUCGGAGCACGGAAUUGCCGAUGUUGUGCAGUUCAACCCAGUGCGGUUCCCGCUACUGAUUGGCACGGCUGUCUUCGCAUACGAAGGCGUGACUCUGGUGAUCCCCGUGCUCGACAGCAUGACACACCAGGACAAGUUCCCCAUGGUCCUGACUUCUGCACUCUGUGUAUGUGUGUGCGUGUGUGUGCUUGUUGGCUCACUGUCGUAUAUGGCAUUUGGCGAGGAAGUCGAGACUGUCGUUCUUUUGAGUCUGCCCAGCGGCUCGUGGGGCACAAUCUGUGUCCAGCUGUUCUACUCGCUGGCCAUCAUGCCAACCUAUUUGCUGGCUCUGGCAAGGGCGACCCGUAUGUGAAGUGGCAGAAAAACCUGUUCCGCGCCGGAACAGUCUUUCUGAUUGCUAUGGUGGCCGUGUUUGGCGCUGACCAGUUCGAUAACUUCAUUGCUAUCAUCGGUGCAUUCUCGUGCACUCCGCUCAGCUUCAUCUUCCCGACCGCCCUGCAUUACAAAACCUCCACCAGCCAGUGGGUCAAGAUCAAGGAUGCCACCUUGGGCACCGUUGGCGUUAUCAUCAUGGUGUACGUCACAUAUAUUGGCAUUAAUAGCUGGGGUGUUGCACCGCCGCCUAUCGAUCGGUGCGCAACCAAGCCUUAACACUUUUAUAGCCUCCCCUUCCAUGCACUAGUAUCUAUUUCUCGUAAUAGCAAUUGUUGGAACUUC